CAUCGUCUACCGCUAUCGAGCGCCGGGAUCCUCCAAUCCCUUCGCCUCUAGUCUGACGUCUUCCUUGCGUUUCCGCAAAGUUAUGCAUUGCUUGGGACAAAUUUAAUGGCGUAUUAUUUGCACAAAAAUUCUGGCUACGUUCGGGUUUCCCGACGUAACUGCACAUAAAACUGGAAUAACCGAGGGGGCCCCGCCUGGGACUGGAUGCGACCGCAAUGGCUUCCGCCCCUCCCCCUUCGGGGGAAGGGGCAAGCCAACACAAGCAGCAUACUGUGUUGCUCAGCAGGGCGCGCGAGCACCAGCUUACCAGCAAGUAUGGGGCAGCAGGCGGCAGCAGCGGCGGCGGCACGGUGGGCGCUGAGGGCAGCGUCACCAUUACCUUCGGCCUGCAGCACACCGGCCACACGCCAGGCAGCGCCGCUGACAUGGUGGCCAUGCCGCUGCACACCGACAUUGCCGCGGAGGCAUGCUGCUGGCAGCGCGCGCAGCUGCCUGAGCAGCAGCGCAUGCUGAAGCUGUACGGCGACACCAUCGUCAGCAUGGACGCGACCUACAAGACCACUAAGUGGGGCUUCCCGCUGUUCCUGAUCACGGUGGUGGACAACCACGGCCACGGCUAACUGAACAUAAAGGUCGAUCGCACUGUGGACAUGGGCGCGAGCGCAACCGAGGUGGUCAGCAGCUUGGAUCCGGAGCAGCGCUUCUACACGGUCUGCAUCAAGUCGGGCACGUGCACUUGCGGCGACUGUGUGACGCGCAACGUGCCGUGCAAGCACAUGUUCAUGGUGCUGGAGGCGGAGGCGGAGCCCGCCCUAACAUUCGCAGACCU